AUGUCAACCGCCUCCUCCUCCUCCGCCGUCUUCCUCUUCCACCCUCCUCUUCCACCGUCGCCGCCACACGCUCCCACCCACUCUUACCUCACAACUCUAGGCUUUGGCUACUCCAUAGCCAUAGCUCUUGGUUUCCUCGUCCUCCUCUCCACCGUUCUUUUAUCCUCCUACAUCUGUUGCCGUGACUCUCGCCGCCGCACGACCGCCGUUGAAUCUACCGGUGAUCGUGGCGGAAGCGUUAUACUCCCCCGCAUAAUCUUUGUCGCCGAAGAAGACAACGAUCUCGAAGCAGGUGACGUCGUCGUUGGUCUCGAUCAAGCCGUCAUAAACUCCUACCCUAAGUUCCACUUUUCCAAGGAAACAUCCGCCGCGUCUUCCUAUGGAUUUGGCGGCGGAGGAGAUACGACGUGUUCGAUCUGCUUGUGUGAGUAUAAAGAAGCGGAGAUGCUGAGGAUGAUGCCGGAGUGUAAACACUACUUCCAUCUUUGUUGUCUUGACGCGUGGCUUAAACUAAACGGAUCUUGUCCUGUCUGCCGGAACUCGCCGCUUCCGACGCCGACAUCUACGCCUCUCUCGACACCUUUGUCGGAAGUUGUGCCGCUCUCGCAGUACGCCGCCGAUCGGAGGAGAAACAGAAGAUGA